CCUCCGAUUCAUUUUGCCCUUCCUCCUGGCCCAGUCACAACAACAGAGAUGGCGGCUGCUGCACGGUUCUUCAUCCGAGGGGCAAACUCCAGACUCUCCCUCUCCGGAGUUGGCAGCGGGGGCCAGGGCUCUCUCGGGGCCGCUGUGCUGAACCUGUCGCCGAGCUGCAACUCUCGGUCCAAAACGCAGCGAAGACACGCAGCUCACUUUACCUUCCAGCCUGACCCCGUCCCGACACAAUAUGGACCCACCCAGAAGAUGAACUUGUUCCAGUCAAUUACAAGUGCCUUGGACAAUACUCUUUCCACUGAUCCCACAGCAGUCAUCUUUGGGGAAGAUGUCGCCUUUGGUGGAGUUUUCCGAUGCACAGUGGGUCUGAGAGACAAAUAUGGUAAGGACAGAGUCUUCAACACUCCCCUUUGCGAGCAGGGGAUUGUGGGAUUUGGCAUCGGUGCAGCGGUGGCUGGUGCCACAGCCAUUGCUGAGAUCCAGUUUGCUGACUACAUUUAUCCUGCUUUUGACCAGAUUGUCAAUGAAGCAGCCAAGUACCGCUACCGCUCUGGCAACUUGUUUGACUGUGGGAACCUCACCAUCCGUGCUCCGUGGGGCUGCGUCGGCCACGGAUCUCUUUACCACUCUCAAAGCCCUGAAGCCUUCUUCGCCCACUGCCCCGGUAUCAAGAUUGUAAUACCUCGCAGUCCGGUUCAGGCCAAAGGGCUGCUCCUCUCCUGCAUUGCUGACAAGAACCCAUGCAUAUUCUUUGAGCCCAAGAUCCUGUACAGAGCAGCAGUGGAGCAGGUUCCCGUGGAGCCCUACACCAUCCCGCUCUCUCAGGCUGAGAUCCUACAGGAAGGAAGCGAUGUCACUCUGGUUGCCUGGGGGACGCAGAUCCAUGUCAUGAGGGAGGUGGCCAACAUGGCCCAAGAGAAACUAGGUGUAUCCUGUGAGGUCAUUGAUUUACAGACAAUCCUGCCCUGGGACACUGAAACUGUUUGCAAGUCGGUGGUGAAAACAGGACGUUUGCUCAUCAGUCACGAGGCUCCAGUAACCGGAGGCUUUGCAGCUGAAAUCAGUGCUACAGUACAGGAGGAGUGCUUCCUUAACCUGGAGGCUCCCAUCAGCAGGGUGUGUGGUUAUGACACCCCCUUCCCUCAUAUCUUUGAGCCCUUCUACAUCCCAGACAAGUGGAAGUGCUUUGAUGCAAUCAAGAGGAUGAUCAACUACUAAAUCCCUGUCAGAGCCAACUUCUGGUAGCCCUGAACUCCUUCCUUCUUCAUACAACCACUCAGUGGAGAGCAGCCAGGAAAAGACACUUUGUUGACCAUCCAGUCAUAAAGCAGUAUCCAGAUGGGCUUCAUGUCCUUGUGUGUCUUCAAGCUGAAAGACUGUUACCAUAUCUGAUGCAACGAAAAGUGACUUGAUCUACUACACAAUGAACACUAUGUUUUCUUCAGCCUUCAACAUACCGCUCAUAUAAUUUGAUUUCCUCUAAAACAAAGGUUGGAUACUCUGGGGGGAUAUGGUAUUUGGUUAAGUUUGUAAUUGUCUGUCUCUGUGUGGUGUUACUUUUGAGAGAAUUGGUCACUCUGUUCUAAACUUUCUCUAGCUUGACACAAACUGAACCUUCUAAUAUAACAGAUCUGUGGUUUUUAACAAAAAUAAAAAUGUUCAGAAUUGGUGAAAACA